AUGCUUAGAGAUAACAUUUUACGUGCCUCUGACAUUCACCACGGUUUGAGUAGUGAACAAGUUCGUAUUCUGGCUUAUGAGUUCGCAGUGGCAAACAAUAAACAUUUUGCUGAAAGUUGGUCGGAAAAGGGCAUGGCUGGUAAAGAAUGGCUGUUUGGAUUUCGUCAAAGGUACAAGCUCACAUUACGAACUCCUCAACAAAUCAGUUUGAGCAGGACAACUAGUUCUAAUAAAACGAAUAUUGAAGCUUUUUUAAAAAAUUUGCGAGAGCUUAGAACUAAAUAUGACUUGGAGGCACACGAUAUUUAUAAUCUAGAUGAGACAGCUGCUACUACUGUUCAUAAACCUAUAAAGAUAUUAACCAAGAAGGGUAACAAGAAUGUCGGCCAAGUAACUUCAGCGGAGCGAAGAACUCCAGUUACUCUGGUGGGUAUUAUUGGAGCUACUGGAAAAUUCGUUCCUCCAUUCCUCAUUUUUCCACGGGUUCAUUUCAAGGAACACAUGCUAUAUGGUGCCCCUCCAGGAAGCAAAGAUGUUGCAAUACCUACAGGCUGGAUGAAUAGCUCGUUGUUUUUACCACUUUUACAACAUUUUGCAGAACAUGAGAGGCCUACUAGAGAGAAACCCAAACUUAUUCUCCUAGAUAAUCACGAGAGUCACUUAAACAUUGUGGCACUCGAUUUUGACAAAGAAAACGGCAUUCUAAUGUAA